AAAAUCUGCCAAACGGUGCGAGCACUUAAUUUCGCACCUCAGCACCAAAUUAGCACCUAAUUAGCACUUAAAUUUAGAAUAUGUAAAAAUUCAUUUUGCACUGGUGGGGGGGCUAGCUUAAUAGACAUCUGUAUUUCCCUUUUAGCAUUAUACAUCAUGUUUGAUAUGAAAUUUUUUUCAUAAAAUUAUUAUACUGUUAUUAUUCGCAAUACGCGCAGAAUAGUAUAGCGAGCUAAUGUUCUACAUGUAAAUUACAGUGCAUGUCGUUCUUCUACAAUAUUGUAUAAAGCAUACAUUGUAAGAUGUACGAUUUGGCUAUUAUGCAUCAAAUAUUUACGCGUUAUGAAGCGGGGAAAAAAGAACUUAUAACACUCUAUUUGAAACGACGUAGCGCGCGAGGGAACGUCGUAAACAAAUAUAGAUUUAAAAAUUAUUGUGGUACCGUCAUAUUAUAUAGUAUUAUCGAUGAACUCCUCGAUCUAAAUUAUGGCGAGCAAAAUAACUCCAAAAGCUGCUAUCGCGUUUACAAAAGCAAUAACCGCUCUGUGCUUUACGUGGCCACUUCCAAAGAGCGCUAGUAAAUUUCAAGUCAUACGCUUCAAAAUUUUACGCUUUUUACUCUGUAUAAAUGCAACGAUAUUGGCUGUGCCCGUAGCAUACACCCUUUAUCUUAAUGACUACGAUCUACCAAGAUUAACGAAGCUGUGGUGCUUGCUGGCUGCUUUCAUACAAAUCCCUCUAGAGACAACACAAUGUGCGCUGCAAUAUGAUCGAUUGCAAGUAAGGAAUUCAUAUCUACAGUGAUAUCAGACCGACCUUUGGUAAACCAUUUUCAAUCUAUUUUAUUCGAUUUUAUGGAGAUAUUAUUUAAAUUAAAUAUUUAUCUUUAAUAUUAUUAAUCAACGCUAUAUAAAUAUUUUGAAAAUAAUUUUUUUAUCGCUCCGUUCAUUGGAAAUUCCGGAGU